UGCAACCACAAGCACCCUCUGAAGCAACCGUCGCCACGCGAGGCUCCACUGCACGUCUCUCAGUCUGACACCGUCGUGACAGUGCUGCUGCGCUGCUGCUGGCUGGCUGUACGAUCACCCCCUCGCCUUUGGCUGCUGUCGUCGCUCCCCUUCUCUUUCGUCCGCCUGCUGUAGACGAGCGCCACUCGCGGGUGUGUGCGUCUGUUCACCCCCGCGUCGCCAGUGACAGGCAGCUUGCGCUGCUCGCUCGUGCAUUGUUUUGCCUGCUGCUGUGAGCGCACAGCUGCUGGCACACGUGUCUCGUCGCGUCAGAGCACCAGACAUCGUCUGUCUGUGCGCCUGACUGCCCGUCACCUGCCGUCGCUGCCGCGGCGCGUUCAGCACCCGCACCUUCCUCUCGGCUCGCCCGUCACGCCGCGCGCGCCGCGUCGGCUGUGUCAACGGACAUGUCGGCCUCACCUUCAGCGCCUGAGCCCGCGCCGCUCGCCACGGCGCCCGAGCCCGCCGCGGCCGAAGGCGGAGCACGUCGCAGUGCGCGCGCCAAGCGUCCGCCCGCCAAGCUCGCGGCCGACGCUGGCCUCGUCGCAGCCGCUCCCGCAGCCGCAGCUGCGUCGACGAGCAAGGCGCGCAAGGUCUCCGCGGCCGCUCGAUGGCCGACGCCCGAGGAGGAAGUCGAGGAGGACGACGAAGAGGAGGAGGAGGAUGGAGCGGUGUACUGCGUGUGUAGAGAGGGAGAUGAUGGGCGGCCGAUGGUGUGGUGCAGCGAGUGCGACGACUGGUUCCACUUCGACUGCGUUGGCCUGACGCAAGCCGUCGCCGAGACGCUCGGCGCCUACGUGUGCGCCUCGUGCAGCGCGCGGACGGGACGCGUGUCGAAGACGCUCGAGGACAUGGAAGCCGAAGCAGCAGGAGAGCCGGAGGGCAAUGACAGAGCUGCAUCUGCAGACAACAUGGCGCAGACGGCGGAGGGUGCUCUGGAUGCUGCGGCGCCAAAGAGCUCGCGGCGCAAGACGGGCGCCGCGCAGGCGCGCUACGGCGGCAAGCGCAAGGCGGGAGAGGCACUGCUUGAGGAGGACCAUGAGGGCGCAGCUGUUACUGCUGGCGCUGUCGUCCAGAUGACGGGGCCGACUGAUGGUGCUGGAGCUGCUUCUGCUGCCUCUGCUGCGUACGCGUCGCUACUGCCUCCGGGCGGCGGCCCCAGUGCCCGUGCGGGCCCGAGCGGCAGUGCCGGCGCAGCUUCGAGCAGCGGCGCCGCACGUCAGACGAAGAAGGCUCGUGCAGACUUGCUGCCGCCGGGCUCUUCCAAAGGUGCGGCGCCAUCGCGAGCACGUCCGACGAGCGCGGCCCGUCGCGUCUCGGCUGGCACUGGUGCCGUCGUCGGCAGCCCACUCGGCGGGCCCGGCGCUGCGGCGGCCCGCAAGAGCUCGACGGCCGGCACUGCGGCCAAUGCGGCGGCCGCGGCGGCAGCGGCACAGAGCACCAACGUGCGCAAUCAUGCCGUGCGGCAGUUUGCAGCGGUGCUCGAGCCCGUCUUUCUUGCGAACCCGCCAGCAUCUCCAGCGGCCGGCGCAGCGACGCAGACGGCGCCACCUGCUGGCGAGUCGGACGCCAAGCCGUCGUCGUCGGAUCUCAAGACGGACAGCCCCGCAGCGGCACCCAGUCCUUCCGCGGUCGCAAGCUCCUCAGACACGCCGGCGCCUCGGUCCGUCGAGCCAUCAGCGAGCGACAAGACUGCCGCAGCAAAGCGAGCCUCCUCCUAUGCCACCGUCCUCGAGGCGCGCGUCUUCGAGCUGCAUGCCGAGACGGGCAGCACGGGCGGCAAGGCACUCGCCGGCAAGCUGUACAAGGACCGCCUGCGGACGCUGCUCUUCAGUCUCAAGGACAAGAACAAUGCCUCUCUGCGUGCGCGCAUUGCCUCGGGCGACCUCGGUGCGCCGCAGCUGGCGGCUCUCUCGUCGUCGGAGCUGGCCAACGAGGAGCGCAGACUGGACCUCGAGCGUCGCAAGGCUGAGAACCUGCAGGCUUCGGUGCUCGGCAAGCGCGACGAGGGUCCGCGCCGCAAGAUGACGCACAAGGGAGAGGUCGACAUCGAGUACGACGCCGGCACUCAAGAUGCCGCCGAGGCAGAGGCCGAGGCGCGUCGCCGAGCAAAGCUGGCAAAGGAGCGCGACGACGCAGCGGCGGCCGCGUCGCCCUCCCUCGGCUCCGGCUCUACGCCGACAGCUGGCUCGCCAGUGAAGCGCGACUCGGUCUCGCGGCCUCGCGACGGUGGGCUGGGCAGUCCUGGACUAAGCAUGGGCUCUGGUCCGUGGUCGCCAUCGCUCGCAUCUCCCGGCCUCAAGUCCGAGCACUUCUCACCGACGCCUGCCGUGCCCUCUCCGACGCGCAGAGACACGCCGGGCAGCGCCACUGCCGCAACCUUCCCGCCGCAGAGCCCCGCCACGAACGACUUUGACUUUGGCAGCGUGUUCAGCGGACGACCAGACGGCGGCGAGACGAAGCAUGAGGACGACGCUGGCGAGCCCAAGACCGAGGGAGAUGGCCAGACGGGCGAUGGCCAGCUGGCGGAAGGCAGCAAGGACGCCGUCGAGGGCGAAGACUCGACGAUGGCCGACGACUUCAUCGACUCCUUCCUCGGCAUGUCGACGCCUCCACACGUGGCAGACGAUGCGGCACCCAAGACCGAGACUUCUGCAGCGCCCUCUACUUCUGCGCCUGCCAUCCCCCAGAAGAGCGAGUCGCCGUUCGGCGAGGUGCGCUGGCGCGGCGCCGUGAGCAUGCCGGAGGUGGGCGCUUGCAGCGGCGUCGUCUCGCAGCUCUGCGGACCUUCACUGGCCACUGGCUCUGGCUGGACUCAACUGCUUCCCUCGCCACACUCGCUCAUCGAAGGUCGUCUGCCGCGCAACACGGCAGAGGACUACCUCGUGCAGAGCCACCUAGCACCGCGCACCGAGCUCGUCGUGCUGGCCCUCUCGCCGUCCUUUGAAGCUGAAGGCCUGGCGCUUGCCACGAAAGCCGGCAGUGCUGGAGCCAAGGGUGUGCCGGAGAGCUCAGCGGACAAUGUCGCUGCAUUCGAGGAGCUCGUGGGCUGGCUAUACGGCCGCUCUCGCUACGGCGUCGUGGCUCCCGCUCCCGAAGCCCGCGGUACACUGGUGAAGGACUUCUACAUUGCUCCGCUGCCGCGCCACAUUGCUCUGCCCGAAUGGCUGCGCCUCGUCUCGUCCGAGUCGUCUGCUGCGCCGCAGCAUCUCGCCGCGCUCGAGACGCCACGAGAGGCAGACAUGUUCCUGCUCGUCGCAGUUCUCUUCAAGGGCGCCCUGGCCUCGCGCAACGGCACGGCCAAGCGCAAGGCCCCCCCCUCCACGACAUCCUCCCGUGCGCCUCACAGUGGUGCAUCGCCGGCUGCGGCGUCGCCCUUUGGCGCCGGCAGUGGUGGCAGCAGUCCUUUUGCACGGCCCGCGCCGACAGCCGCACUUUCUGGCGCUGCCAGCCCGCCGGCAUCUGCGCCAGAGACGGCGGCGCCUGCGGCCGCUGGCACUGCCUUCUCUCUCUUUCCCGGCGGCGCAUCGGCGCUGCAAGAGCUACUGCGCGCCGUCGGCGGUGGUGCCGGCGCCACGAGCAGCGCACCAAAUGUCUCUGUGCCGACUCCGACAUCGUCCACGCCCGCUCCCACCGCACCCGCCGCUACGAUGUCUGCGCCCACCGCUGCGGCUCUCUCGAACCUGCCGCCGCCGGAGCUGAACAACGUACUGACGACGCAGCCAGGCUUGCUGAGCCAGCUGCUAUCAAGCCUUGCGGCGCCGGCAUCCGCGGCUCCUGGCCCUGCGCCUGGUCCGCCGCCUGGACCGCCCCCGGGACCGCCGCCUGGCCCUCCGCCGCCGGCACCCUCCGUCAGCACGCCACACUACGCCAGCGGUCCGCCUGCUCCAGCUGCGCCUCACGGAAGCUACGGCGCGUACGGUCGGCCCGCUGCACCUGAGCACGCCGGCGGCUGGGCGCCUCCUGGGGCGCCCGGCCCUCCGCAGGGUCCAGCUGGCUGGGCUGCACCCCCUGGCGGGCCUCCAACGCCGUACGGUGCUCCUCCGACAGGCCCGCGAGCUGGUCCGGGUGCAGGGCAGCCCAACGCCUGGCCACCGCAGCACGGUGGACCAGCACAGCACCAGAUGCCAAUGGGCAUGCCACACCAGCCGCAUUCGCCCAUGGGCCCGCCUGGAGGGCACGGACAGGCGCCGUACGCCCAUGGCCCUCCCUUCGGUAGCCCGCCGUUCGGUGCUCCCGGCCCCCACGGCCCUCCUGGACCGCACGGGCGUCCGCAGCCGCCGUUCCACGCACCUUCGCCGCCUCAGCCGCCGCAGCCGCAGCAUCUCAUGCCGCCGGGCUCGGGCUGGGGCGGGCGUGGUGGCCGGGCCGGGCGACGCGGACGAUGAAGGCAGCGCGGGCAUCGCGCUCACGGUGCGCUCGUCCCGUCGCCCUCCGAUCUCCUUUUUGUCCUUGCCGCUUUCAGCUAGCCCUACACCCUGCAUCUUCCACCGACCCGGUCUCUCUACACCCGUUGUUCUACUCCGUCACUUGCACGCCGCUACCCCGUCACCUCGCUCAUACAAUGCAUCCACCUGCGUCUGUACUGGGCUCGGUGCGCGGUCACGGUCGACGUGGCUCCUGCGCGCGCGCAGGCUCGACGUCUGCGCCACCUCCUGUGCCGCCAGUGCGCCUCGGCCCGGAGUGGGGGCUGCGCGUACACCACUUGCCCUCGAGGCUGUCUCCUGUUCCGUUUCCCUACUCCUUUGACC